GGCCUUCUCUCUCUCUCUCCGCCCCCCGCACUAGGUUGGAAAAGGCGAAAUGAGGAAGGUUCCCGUGCCGGCCAACAGGUACACGCCGUUAAAAGAGAACUGGAUGAAAAUAUUCACGCCCAUCGUGGAGCACUUGCAGCUUCAAAUCAGGUUUAAUUUGAAAACAAGAAACGUGGAAAUCAAGACUUGCCAAGAGACAAAGGAUCUCAGUGCUCUAACGAAAGCAGCUGAUUUUGUGAAAGCAUUUAUACUUGGGUUUCAAGUCGAGGAUGCUCUUGCUCUCAUCAGAUUAGAUGAUCUUUUUCUAGAAUCAUUUGAAGUUACAGAUGUCAAACCUUUGAAAGGAGAUCAUCUGUCAAGAGCAAUAGGGAGAAUAGCAGGGAAAGGCGGAAAAACAAAAUUCACUAUAGAAAACGUAACCAGGACACGAAUCGUUCUCGCCGACGCGAAAAUUCAUAUUUUGGGAUCUUUUCAGAACAUUAAAAUGGCACGAACAGCAAUUUGCAAUCUAAUUUUAGGAAGUCCCCCCUCCAAAGUUUACGGCAACAUUCGGGCAGUGGCCAGCAGAGCAGCCGAAAGAUUGUGAGCUGCAGGGCAGCCGCACCACCACGGACUGGGGCUGGGAAG